AUGUUGCCAGUGACGGCAACUCCCGGCAAGUUGCCAGUGACGGCAACUCCCGGCAAGUUUCAAGUGACGGCAACUCCCGGCAAGUUGCAAGUGACGGCAACUCCCGGCAAGUUGCAAGUGACGGCAACUCCCGGCAAGUUGCCAGUGACGGCAACUCCCGGCAAGUUGCCAGUGACGGCAACUCCCGGCAAGUUGCAAGUGACGGCAACUCCCGGCAAGUUGCAAGUGAUGGCAACUCCCGGCAAGUUUCAAGUGACGGCAACUCACGGCAAGUUGCAAGUGAUGGCAACUCCCGGCAAGUUUCAAGUGACGGCAACUCCCGGCAAGUUGCAAGUGACGGCAACUCCCGGCAAGUUGCCAGUGACGGCAACUCCCGGCAAGUUGCCAGUGACGGCAACUCCCGGCAAGUUGCCAGUGACGGCAACUCCCGGCAAGUUGCCAGUGACGGCAACUCCCGGCAAGUUGCCAGUGACGGCAACUCCCGGCAAGUUGCAAGUGACGGCAACUCCCGGCAAGUUGCAAGUGAUGGCAACUCCCGGCAAGUUUCAAGUGACGGCAACUCCCGGCAAGUUGCAAGUGAUGGCAACUCCCGGCAAGUUUCAAGUGACGGCAACUCCCGGCAAGUUGCCAGUGACGGCAACUCCCGGCAAGUUGCAAGUGAUGGCAACUCCCGGCAAGUUGCAAGUGAUGGCAACUCCCGGCAAGUUGCAAGUGAUGGCAACUCCCGGCAAGUUGCCAGUGACGGCAACUCCCGGCAAGUUGCCAGUGACGGCAACUCCCGGCAAGUUGCCAGUGACGGCAACUCCCGGCAAGUUGCCAGUGACGGCAACUUCUGGCAAGUUGCAAGUGAUGGCAACUCCCGGCAAGUUGCCAGUGACGGCAACUCCCGGCAAGUUGCCAGUGACGGCAACUCCCGGCAAGUUGCCAGUGACGGCAACUUCCGGCAAGUUGCAAGUGAUGGCAACUCCCGGCAAGUUUCAAGUGACGGCAACUCCCGGCAAGUUGCAAGUGAUGGCAACUCCCGGCAAGUUUCAAGUGACGGCAACUCCCGGCAAGUUGCCAGUGACGGCAACUCCCGGCAAGUUGCAAGUGAUGGCAACUCCCGGCAAGUUGCAAGUGAUGGCAACUCCCGGCAAGUUGCAAGUGAUGGCAACUCCCGGCAAGUUGCCAGUGACGGCAACUCCCGGCAAGUUGCCAGUGACGGCAACUCCCGGCAAGUGGCCAGUGACGGCAACUCCCGGCAAGUUGCCAGUGACGGCAACUUCUGGCAAGUUGCAAGUGAUGGCAACUCCCGGCAAGUUGCCAGUGACGGCAACUCCCGGCAAGUUGCCAGUGACGGCAACUCCCGGCAAGUUGCCAGUGACGGCAACUUCCGGCAAGUUGCAAGUGAUGGCAACUCCCGGCAAGUUGCCAGUGAUGGCAACUCCCGGCAAGUUGCCAGUGACGGCAACUUCCGGCAAGUUGCAAGUGAUGGCAACUCCCGGCAAGUUGCCAGUGACGGCAACUUCCGGCAAGAUUGUGGGCAAUCUUGACUGGGAAUAA